UACGUGACUAAGAAAAAAUAUUUCCAUACCCCAAUGGAAUCUAAAGAAGGUAAUGAGGAGAGGACAGUGUAUGAGGAACGUGAUCAAAUGGCCAAACGAAUUAUCGAGCUAGAAGCGGAGUUGCAUAGAAUGAAAAAAGAUGAGUGUGCAAAAGGAGAUGAAGAAGAAGAAGACCCUAGUAUGUGUUCGAAAGGAACACCAUCAGUUGAAGGGGUUUCAGAUGAUGAGACUGAAGACGUAGCCUCUGAUUCAGUACCAGAUAAAGCGGCUGACGUUGUGACAGAAGUGAACAAAGAAGAAAAUGUGGGGGACACAAGAUCAAGUGACUUGAAGGUUGGAACUCCGUGUAUGCUUGCGUUUGAAACUGAAGAUACUAUCAUUGCACAUGGGACAAUAUUUGAUGCUGAAGGUGACGGUGAGAACAUCAAGGUAUCAGUGGAUGUUGUCCUCGAUGGCCAAUGUGUGAUUCCAAAUCCGACAAAGGAAGGAGUCACGAAACUGACGCAUGAAGUCGGAUCACAUUUAAUGUGGCCACGACAUCUUGUUCUUACUAGGAAUGAUAAGAAGGAAACUGUGGGCUUCAAUACGGAUCCGUCCACAUUCUCUAGUGCAGCAUAUCUACGUGCUCCAGUGGCACUCUGGUGUUUGGUUAGACUCGUUGAACAUAUGGGGUCAUCGAUUCAACUAAACACGCCUUUAGAGCUAUUCGGUGUGAAGAGAAAAUGUUGCAUUAUGGUUGAGUCACUGAGGGAUUUCUCGUCAAUGCAGCUAAUAUGCACAUCAUGCCUAGAUGCUUACAUGAUGUACCUUCACACAAUUAUGGUACAAGGACGAAGUUCAAGCUUGUUCAAGUUCAUGGAUGCCGGAUCUGUAAGUUACUCGAGUUACAAACAAUCGCGUGCGCAGUUGUUGAAUGCUCGACUUCUCGGAGCCGAGUAUGACCAAGUAGUAUUGUUCCCAUACAACUCUGGCAAUCACUGGACAUUGGUCGUUGUUAAUCCUACAAAGGGUGCUGCAUAUUGGAUUGACCCGUUGAAGAAUCGGAUUGACGGAGACAUGAGUGAAGUGCUUCAGAUGUAGGUCAUAUUAUUGUCGUUAAUGUCUUUAUUAUGUGUGCAACUAUUUUAAUUAUGUAACAAUCUUAUAUUAUGUGGUAGGUCAAUCAAUAUAUCAAAGAAGAAAAAACCGAAUUGGAAGGUUGUUAAGUGUCCCAAACAAAAUGGGGUGGUAGAAUGCGGGUACUAUGUUAUGCGAUUCAUGCGGGACAUAAUUUCUGCGAGGAGUACUUCGAUUGUAGAUGUCAUGAAAAGUUUACCUCGUACGUACUGUCAAGAUGAAAUCGAUGAAGUUAGAUCGGAAUUGGCGGAGUUCCUUUCUAAGCACGUACAUCGUGCUUAGCACCAGAUUAGGAAACAACAUUUUUUGAAGUAUUUUGUGGGGUUUUUUUGUUAAUAUAAUUUUGUUAAACCCGAACGACACACAAGAAAAUGUUAAAGCGCAUUCUU